AUGUGGGGAAAGAGGAGCUUAGCGCUAUCGGUGGCGGAAGUCGUGAGGCUGCUCGCGGCCGCCGUCUUCCUGGGGUACAUCGUGUUGUGGAUGAUAGCGCCGACCAACCGGUACAGGGAAAAAUGGCAGCCCAAGCUCCGCGCAGACACCAACUCGACCUACUUUGGAGCUCAAGGUUGUCGAAGUUCUCUAGCAGAAGAUCUAACGACAGUGGGCCCUUCUUCUUUCUUCUGACCUCCAGGCCUCUGGUUGUGUUAUCUCAGGGACGAACCUCCUUAUUUACACCUCCUCCGUCCUCUUCAUCUCCAUACUCGGAUGCGUCUACAUCCAUCUGAAGAAGGGCAGGCGGGAAGACGAAAGGCAUGCUUGAAAUCUGACGCCUCUGGAAAAAAUAAACAAAUCAAAUGGUAUUAGGAAAACGAUCUGUCUCUAGUUUGCUGAUUUUUUUAUUUUUUUUGGGGAUUGAACAGUAGAGAGGUGAAGCCCGGGGCCAGCUUUUGGAGGAGACCGGCUCUGGUAAGGGGCCCCCUGGGGAUCGUCUCGUGGACGGAGCUGGCCUUCCUGGCCAUGUUCGUUGCGCUCCUCACCUGGUACUUCUCCGUAGCCCUAUCCAGCAGCUUCUCGCGCAUCACCCCACAGUCGGCGGCAGAGCAGAAAGAGAAAGUGUAAGAAGAAGCCUUCCCUUUCACUAUUCUCCACUGUCCCCAGGUCGCAGAGGACUCAACCAUGGGGUGGAAAUUCACUCGCACUGCGUUGUUUCAGGUGGGAGGCGAAGUUGGAUUCUGCGGCUCUCCGGCUGGGCCUUCUCGGAAACCUCUGCUUGGCCUUCCUCUUCAUCCCCGUCACCAGGGCGUCAUCAAUCCUGCCACUGGUCGGCCUCACAUCCGAGGGAAGCAUCAAGUACCACAUAUGGCUCGGGCACACCGUCAUGGUCCUCGUUACCCUUCACGGCCUGCUGUACGUUAUAUACUGGGCGUCCACCGACUCCCUCUCUUCGGUAAGCGCCUUCUCCUCACUGCAACUGCCAUCUUCCUCCCCGUCUUACGAGAAGAGAAUAAGAACAGAAAUUUAUGGCUAUUCAUCGUCGAUUCCACGAGCAGAUGCUGGAAUGGGCCAACACGGGCGAGUCGUACCUCGCCGGAGAGUUGGCGCUGCUCUUUGGAUUGGUCCUCUGGGCGACCACUCUGCAACGGGUGCGGCGCAAGAUGUUCGAGCUCUUCUUCUACUCGCACCAACUCUACGUGCUAUUCCUCCUCUUCUUCCUCCUCCACGUCGGCAUCGGCUUCCUUACCAUAAUGUUACCGGGGAUCUACCUCUUCAUGAUCGACCGGUUCCUUCGGUUCCUUCAGUCCCGCGGCCGAGUCCGCCUGGUCUCUGCCCGCCUUCUCCCGGGAGACACCAUCGAGCUGAACUUCGCCAAGAGCGCCGGUGAGUCAGUCUUCAUGGCCCAGCUGACCCUUUCGACAUAUCUCUCGUUCCUUCUCUAAUUUUCUUCUUCUUCGUCUCUCCUGCUAGGUCUGGAGUACAACCCCCUGAGCAACGUCUUCGUCAACGUCCCCGCCGUCUCCAGGCUACAGUGGCACCCUUUCACGGUGUCAUCAAACAGCAACCUCGAACCCGACACGUUGAGCGUAAUCAUCAAAAAAGAGGGCUCCUGGACGCAGAAGCUUCACCAGGUCCUCGCCUCGAGCCCCCCUGAUCGGCUGGAGGUCGCCCUGGAGGGACCCUACGGCCCCGUCUCCAAUAGCUUCUCAGGGUUCGUUCUUUCGUUCGUUCGUUCCUUCAUGGGGUGGCUGGAGGAGGAUGGAGGAGGAUCUACACCUCUUCGCUUUGUGGAGACACUGUUCAUGCUUCUCGCCUGAGGUCUUUUGUGUCGUGUUUAUUAUCAGGUACGAUUCUCUGGUGUUGAUCAGCGGCGGGAGCGGCAUUACGCCUUUCAUCGCUAUCAUCCGCGAGUUCAUCUUCCGCAGCGCCACCGGAGAUAGCGCCACGCCGAAGAUCCACCUCAUCUGCGCGUUCAAGAACUCGGACGAUCUCACGAUGCUCGACCUUCUUCUCCCCAUAUCGGGCAGCGUCUCCGACAUCUCCCGCCUGCAGCUGCGGGUGGACGCCUUCGUCACCAGGGAGAAGGGCCCCGCCGGCAAAGCGGACGCCAUUCGCACGCUCUGGUUCAAGCCCAGGCCCACGGACCAGCUGGUGUCGGCCGUUCUGGGCCCUCACAAUUGGCUCCUGUUGGCCGCCGUCAUCGCGUCCUCUUUCGUGGCGUUCCUCGUGCUGCUCGGGAUCAUGAACCGCUACUACAUCUAUCCCAAGGACCAUAACAGCAAUAAGGUGUACUCUUACACCGCCAAGGCCCUCCUCAACUUGCUCAUCAUCUGCGCUGCUAUCGCCGCUACGGCGACGACGGCGUUCCUCUGGAGCAAGCAGCGGCACGCCGCCGAAGGAAGGCAGGUCCAGAUCGCGAACGCCCCUUCGCCAGGGGCUACUCCAGGCGUUGGGUUCCACAAAGCCGAUCAGGAACUGGAGAGUCUCCCCCAGGAAUCCCUUGUGCGGUCCACCAACGUGCACUUCGGCGCGAGGCCCGAUCUCAAGAGUAAGCUCCCACUGUUCAUCCCUGGUUGACUCUAUCUGUUACCUCACCGUCCCUUUCUAGGGGGGCUGUUCUUAUGUCGUGUCAACUCCGUGUUUCAGAGUUUCUACUGGGGCUGGAGGAGGAGGACGUCGGUGUACUGGCCAGCGGACCCAGAGGGAUGCGGCGCGACGUUGCAAUGAUCUGCUCGUCCGGGCAUGCAAACAACCUGCACUACGAGUCGAUGAGCUUCAGCUGGUGA